AUGUUCAUGUCGCGAUCUCAGUCUUUGUCCCUCCACCAAAGAAAUCUCCCAAACCAAUUCUCCAUUGUGCCGCCAAAUGCUCAAAGCCCUCUCCUCCAACAAAGCCCCCCCAACCCCAUUGAGCCUCAAAUCGGGCAACACGCAGCCACAGCCAAGCGUCUCCUUGCCCCCUCCAGAACCACGUGGACAGAAAGCUUGAACUUCACGCCCUCAAACCUUGAAACUACGUUGACCCACGUUGCCCACCUCAAUCCUCCAACUGAAUCAACCCACGCAUCCACCAUGACCACCCCCCUCUCCCCCCCACCCACCUACCAGCGCUUCGACCCCGAAUCCCUCUCGCCCCCGAAAACCGCACUCAGCCCCAAUCUCACGGCCUUCCGCCUCAUCGCCAUCGCCGCGGCUGCGAUUUUCUUGCUGCUCGUGCUGUUCCAGGCGCAGAUCUUGACGCUGCUGGAUGAGAUUAUGCGGACGCUGAAGUAUUCGCUGCCGGGACGGGGGCAGGCUGGAGGGGUGAGGGGAAGGGAGCCGUUGGCGGAGGCGGUGGAGGGGUGUUGGACGUGUUUUGGGUAUUGA